AUGCCGUUCACAAGCGAGGAGUGGGAUGAGAUAUCUCAAACCAUCCCUAAUGUUGACGAACCAUUUGUCCAGAAAUAUCUACAAGGCCGUGAUGCUCUUAUAGCUGAGGAAAGCAAGCAGCGCAGUGAUGCUUCAUUUCGCAAGAACCUCUCGCCCAUUGCUAGGCAAGCGUGCGACAUAGUUGACCGCAUCCGCAAUGAGGAGGCGAAAACAAUCUGGACCCCUCAGCUGGAAAACGCCAUUGCCCACGAGGAGGAGAACAUCACGGUGCACCCUGGAAUGAUGUUCUCCUUGUCGAAGGAGCGCAUGGAGACCACGAAGUUGUGGAAAAUCAUUCGCCAGAUGCCGAAAGGUGCUCUCCUCCACGCACAUCUCGAUGCCAUGGUUGACUUCAAUUUCCUGCUGGACUUGCUGCUCAAGGAACCCGGUAUUCACAUUAUGGCGGAUCGGCCUCUGACGUCAUCACAAGCUUUGGCAGACGCGGUGAUUUUCUUUCGCUUCAAAAAGACGGCGCUGACUGAAGGCAAUAUCUGGGCCGAGGAUUACAAGCCAAAUACUUUGAUCUUACUCACUCAAGCUGCAGACGCCUUCCCGGACGGUGGCAGAGCAGGCUUUCUUCAGUGGCUCUAUAGCAGAUGUGCGCUAUCCCGCACUGAUGCCGUUGCUCAGCACCAUGGUGUCGAUGAGAUAUGGCGAAAGUUUUACAGUUGUUUUCGGGUCGUCAACUCCAUCAUCCACUACGAGCCCAUUUUCAGGGCCUUUCUGCGUAGACUAGUAGCACUUUUGAAAGCAGACGGUGUCAACUAUGCAGAGAUUCGCUUCUCGUGGCAGCUGGACUACUACCGCCUUAACAGCGAGACCCCAGAGCAGGACUACGUUGCAAUGAUGGACACGAUCGACGAGGAAGUCAAGGCUUUCCAGGCAACGGAGGAGGGCAAGGGGUUCUGGGGCAUUCGCAUGAUCUGGGCUACCAUACGGUUCAACCCGAUACGUCACAUCAUCCAGGACAUGGACAACUGCAUCACAACAAAAAUCACUCACCCCCAUCUGAUCGCUGGUUAUGACCUAGUCGGGCAAGAAGAUGCGGGUCGUCCGCUCAAGGACGUGCUUCCCGAACUCUUCUGGUUCCGCAAGCAAUGUGCUGAGGAAGGGGUGGAUCUCCCGUUCUUCUUCCACGCAGGCGAGUGCCUAGGCUCGGGUAGCGAAACAGACCACAACCUGUACGACGCGAUUCUGCUCGGAACGCGCCGGAUCGGCCACGGAUUCAGCCUGUACAAACACCCACUGCUGAUUGAUCUCGUCAAGGAGAAGAAGAUCCUGAUCGAGAGCUGCCCCAUCAGCAACGAGGUGCUGCGUCUCUGCGGGUCCGUCAUGAGUCACCCUCUGCCGGCACUUUUGGCGAGGGGAGUGCCCUGCUCGCUCUGCAACGACGACCCGGCAAUGCUGGGCCAAGACACCGCCGGUAGCACGCAUGACUUCUGGCAGGCACUACAGGGAUGGGAAAACCUUGGACUGGCCGGGCUGGGUUCAUUGGCUGAGAACAGUGUCCGCUGGGCUGCCUUCGAAGAUCAGACCGCGGAAGCGUGGAACAAGGAUGUCAAGGAGGCCACCGUCGGUAGUGGCCUCAAGUCCCAGAGGCUCAAAGAGUGGGCUGUCGAAUGGGAGAAAUUCUGCUUGUGGAUUGUGACUGAGUUCGCCGAGGAAGAAUAG